AAUAAUCAAAUUCGAAAGUGUUGUUUCCAUGUUUUUUCCCUAUUUUUUGUGUAUUACUCAUUAUUUCCGAAUGAUUUGAGAUGAUUUUCUCGAAAUAGCGCAAUAAUUUCCGACUACAGUAGUUUCUAAAUAACACUGGGGAGUGGUAUAACGGUUAAUGUUUUGGGAGUUUGUUUUUUGUGUACAUUGCCAUACAAAAUGGCAGGAAGAGUGAGCUGUGUGUUUCGGAUGGUGGUGAAACAUGGACUUUGAGUGGAGUUGUAGUGUCUUGCGGGUGUGGAUGAGCAGCGGACUGGUGGCUGAGAUGUGGAGAUAGCGCGACAAUGGGCUCGCAGACUUUGGAGAUCCUUCGCCAAGGAGUGUGGGCAUCGUUGACUGGCGGCUGGUUCUACGAUCCGCAUCAGAACCUCUUCUGCAACACUGUCCACCUUUACAUCUGGCUGUUUCUACUAUGUCUGCCAUUUUCGAUAUACUUGUACUUCCCACCGGCAUCUGUGGGGUGGGUGGUGUACUGCGUGGCGGUGGGAGUGGUGUUCACGGCUCUCAAGCUGCUCAACCAGGCUCUGCACCACAUGUACGACACGCGCGAGUGCAUCGUGCUACCACCACCACCUCACACACCAAACAAUGAUAACACACAGGCUGAAGAGGGCAUGGAGAUGCAGAUGCUCCGGCUGGGCGGUGCGGCGGCCGGCUCCGACAACGAGUCCAUCACCUCGCUCGAGUACCACAAGCCCAACAACAGCACCAUAGACCUAAAAGUGGAUGUCCAUCGCAAGAACAGUUCUGAAUCGAGCAUGGAGGACAGUGCCAUGUCUACGAAGCAAGCAGAGCCUGUCGCCACCACCAAGUCAGAUCUAUGCGUGGUUCAAUCUGAACCCAGCACCUCUCGAUCUCGUCCUGCUAACAGAAGUCGGUCCAAAUCCGGUCACAAACGAGACCAAAGGACCAGCAAGACGCGGAGAACCCAUGGAGGCAGGAUCGACGAGCUUAUAGUCGAGGAAGCCGCUAGGAAUCCUCGUCUGGACAGCAAUAUUCCGGCGCACAUGAUAGACGACGGACCAUUCGCCAAAGUCAGCAGGAGGUACCAUGAAUGUUCGCACAGAAGAGGCUCCAGUAACAGAGAUUUCUCCAAGGAGUGGUUGUAUCUUGACGGUAGUGAGGCGACGGGGGAACCUUACCAGUCUAAGUUUGCUCGUCAGCUCAGUUCAGACUCGAGAGACAACUCCGAGCCGAGUGUAGGACCGCCAUCGCCAAAGAAGCGCACGCCGCAUCGCAGAAGAUAUACCAAUUAUCCCGACGAAAGCUGUACCAAGUCCGCUAUGGCCUUGGCCACCGCACAGUCUUCCAAUAUGAGGAGGAACUCUAACUCGACUAUGUCUACCAUACAAUUGCCCCUUCUCAAUUCGACCGCGCAGCUCGUUUCGCACAUGAGAAGACAUUCCAACAACGCAGACACUGGAUUCUUCGCUAGUGUGGAGCUAGGGGAGUACAUGAUGGUGAAAGCUGAAGCUCCUAGUGGUGACUCAGAUAAGAACAAAGGCAUGUCUCCGGGGGUCAGGCGGAUCAAAAGCGCUGCUCUAGAAAUAGGCUGUCCUCCCCCUAGUGUUUCAAAUCUGUCCCCACAUCCAAACAGCGCGGAAACAAUUGGUGGUCAAAUGUUGAAGAAUCCAAAAAGUGCUGUGAUACCUCCUCCUAGUAAAAGCUUGACCAGGGGUCCGCAUUUAAAUCUGUAUCCAAAAGGUGAGCCUGGCGAAGGCUGUAGUUACCCCUAUCUCACUUACGGGUCAGAAAUAGUGUACCCGAUAGCAGAAAUUUCUGACGAAAUGCAAACGUCACAAAAAGAGACUGAUUUGGACUCUAGCGGGGACAGUUACAGCGAUUACGAAGAUGACAAGCAAUUUCGGGGUUUCGACUGGGACGCGGAACAGUCGCCUGCACAUUCUAGUGAUUCAGAUUACGAGAAUAAUGGGUCCCGAUCUCCUUUAUUAGAGCGAGGUACUGAUGCAAGAGUGGUUCGCACUAAAAAUCAGACGGAGACCAAAAAACAAUGCUGCGACAGACAUCCAAGUAAACAAGAGGCAGAAAAACCUAAGCCUGUGAGACAGAGGAAACAAUCAAAAGAACAGUACGAUAAACGCAUAGAAAAGACUGCCUGUGAAUGUAAAUAUAGCAACGGGGAUUAUUUUGACAAAGCGAGCGCAAGUUCUAAAGACUUGCUAAUAGAGAAAUCCAGUUUAGAAUCUAACGAGAAUCCUGAACCGGACAAAAAGCCGGAAAAUAAAGUUGUAGAGAAGAAAUUGUGGGACCAUGAUAUAUCGAACUCUAGCAGUAGUAGCGACUCGAACACUGACAGACCGCCAAAUGAAGAGGCGAAAGAGAGUAAGAUAGCACCAGAGACCGAAGAGUCACAGUUGACUGGCGACAGCAAGAGUGCUGACGAAAGGAGCGUCUACAGUUUAGACUGGCUUUUCGAAGAAACUCAACCAAGAUGGAAAGACGAAGCGCAAUGUUCUCAAGAAGUCCAAAAAACCGCCACUCUCGGAGAAUCAUCUUCGAAUGUCCCAAAAAACUUAGGCGCAAUACCAAAGCAGAUAAAAAAUCUAGCGCGCUCCCGUGCUUCCUCGCAGAAGGAGAACAAGAAGAGAGAUUCUAGAAAGGAGAAGGAUGAAAAUCAAAAUGACGAAAGAAUAUUCAUGGAUGCGGUGGAAGCUCAGGUCGCUUUAGUGCAAGGUUUGGAGUGCCUGUUCGCAGCGACCAACGCUAACACCGUGGUGAUGCCCCCUCCUAACAGGGAGGAACGAUCUCGUAGUCAGCGACAGAGCUUAAGAGGCGAGAGGGAAAACUCUCAUAAAACUAGAAAAAGAUCUAUAGAAGAAGUAGCUCAGACGUCUACAAAUACUCUUUUACCUACAUCAAUGCCUUUGCUCGCAGCGUUUUUAAAUUCAAGGGUGGAUUUCAUUCCGUGUGAAAAUGCUACUCCAGAACAGGCGCAGCAAAGCGCUGAAGAUGCUCAAAGACUGAGGCCCUUGAUGGACCGGAACCACAGGAAUAGAGUGCGGAAGAUAAAACGGUCCACGAGGCAAAGAAACAACCCGUCGUCGCAAAGUAAUCCUGAGAAGACUAGACCAGCUAACGUGGAGAACCAGAACAAUUCUGGCAACGUGCACUUCGCAACGUCGUUCGACGAUACGACAGACGGCGCGAUACACUGCUUCAUGGAUGAAUACGGCAAUUGGAUGUCGUAUACUUUCGACAAAAGCAGCUCAGGAGUCGCCCACGCUCAACCGAUCGUUGUCCCUGAGAAAGCUGAUAACGUUCGAUCAAACAGAUAUACAGGGCCUAUAGACAGGGAAAAUUCUCAAGAAACAAACGAAGGUAGCUCCGGGUCAUUGGAGUCUGAAGCUGGAACCAGCGAAGGUAUAACCAAGACUAAAUGUGGAGACAGCGUGGACCACAGUUCUUCUAACCAGGGAAGCAGCAAUGCGCUUUUAGCGAGUAACAAUAACGUUUCUACUGUAGUCCCUAUUAACACAAAUACAGGUGUCACAGGGAAUAAGAGGUUUUAUGUGUUUGAUGGGGGAACUGGAUCUGACCAGCCAAGGUCGCCAGUGGCUUACGUGACUGAUAGUUUGUUAGAGCAGAUUGAGGCUGAGAGACAGUCGAGAAUGGGUCUUCCGAGCAUGCACAUAAACUUCUUAAUGAGCCAGCAAAGGGCUCAACAACAAGCCCAUCAAGUUGAAAGUAUACCCACAAAUAUACCGAGCUUGAUGCCCUCAAUAGGAGAGGAAAGCGUAGAAAUAAACAUUAGGAGCAAAUUCUCGAAACUUCUAGACGAAAUUAAUAAGGCUAAUCAACCGAAACCGAAACCGAAGAGCUAUUACAAGGUGAAACUGUUAAAAUGUUUCGAAUUGAAAAUCACAAUGGACAGGUUAAAACUGAUGGCAUUGUUCGAUAGAAACUUGACAUUGAAGGAGACGUUCAUAUCCAUCAUGUUGGCGAUCACAGUCGCUCUUUUAGGCGCCAUGGUUUUGAAUUUGGGUUUCUACAAGGAUAUUUACGCGUUCUGGUUUUGUUUCAUCAUAGCAGGCAGCCAGUAUUCUUUGCUGAAGAGCGUCCAACCAGACUCCGCUUCACCAGUCCACGGUUUCAACAAAAUGGUGGUAUUCUCCCGACCUGUAUAUUUUUGUCUAUGUACAGGGAUACUGUGCGCAGUACACAGCUAUUUAGAACAAUCGACACCGACAGAAGAACAUUCUAGAAGCAGACGAAGUACCGGGGAAGAUAAACCUCUGACCGUGUAUGGAAUACAUUUGAACGAAAGAGAUUUUUUAUUCGCCAUCCAGGAGAUUCUUUCGAAGUUUCUACUCUUUUUUCCUCUAGCAUUCAGUUUGGGUCUCUUUCCCCAAGUGAAUACAUUCAUGAUGUACUUGUUGGAGCAAAUUGACAUGCACGUCUUUGGAGGAAACGCUACGAGCAGUUUGAGCGCAGCUUUCUACUGCGUGGUCAGAUCUAUAGCCGCUAUAGGAGUCCUAUACGGCUUCGCGUAUAGUGGACUUAUUGAAGGCAAAAAAUCCCAGCAUCAGAAACACAACGUACUGUUUUCUAUAUUCUGUGGUCUUCUUGUACCUAUAGCUUAUCACUUAAGCCGAAGCGCAAGUGAUUAUAGUCUGAUAUGGAACCUUAUCAAAAAGCAUCUUCUACCACCGGAGCUCUACGUUAUACACAACCCUGAUUGCUCUCCAGAACUAGAAAAGGGGGACCCAAAUACUCUGACGGAAGACAAGAAAAACACAUCAGAAAGCAACAUAUCAAAACAGAACUCAAUUGGCAGUUCAGCGUCGAAAAUCAACUUUAGUUCAGAGACUAACAUCGCGAAGCCACAGAAGCGGUCGCAAACCUCUAGUGUGAGUUCUUUAAAGAUGGAUCCUAGAGGUGAUACUAACUCUACGACAUCUUUGAAAGGAGAUACGGUAGAGAAUGAAGAUAAAGUUCGAGAUUUGAAUUCGAAUAAGCAGGAUAUCGGUGAUAAACCGGAUGAGGAUAUGGAGGAUCCGUUGCCCAAGAAGCUCCAAGCGACUGUGAACGGCAGACUGAAGAAUGACGUCAUAGUGUGCACUUUCCUCGGGCUGUUUGUGUUCGGGCUGCAUUGCACUACUGUCUUCACGACACUCAGACCACAGUUGAACACGGUGUUGUGGAUAAUAGCUGGAAUACUCGGCUGGGUGUUGCACUAUGUGAUCCCGCAACUCCGCAAGCAGCAGCCGUGGCUGUGCCUGGCGGGGCCGGUGCUACGAGCGCACGAGCACGCACAGUUCGAGGUCACCGAACCCGCCCGCCUCACCGCCGUGGAAAGGAUAUUCGUGUAUCUGUGUUUCCUGGAGCGCAACGUGCUAUACCCGGGCGUGGUUGUGGCAGCCAGUUCCCAGGACGCCCCCGCCAUCGCGGCCAAGUACGGCGACGCAGUGGGCGCCCUCAUCGUCUGCGUGUGUGCACUCAAAUGCCUCCGCCACGCGUACUCGGAGCCCGACAGCCAGUACCUGAUCCUGGUGUUCGCGGUGCUGGUGUUCCAGAUCGACCUGAGCAGCUACGGCAUCUCAGAGACCUUCCUCGUCGACUACUUCAUCAUGGCGAUAGUGUUCAGCAAGGUUUACGAGUUUCUCUUGAAGGUCCAAUUCGUAGUGACGUACAUAGCCCCGUGGCAGAUCACGUGGGGCAGCGCGUUCCAUGCGUUUGCGCAGCCCUUCUCGGUGCCGCACUCCGCCAUGCUAUUCCUGCAGGCUUGCAUCUCAGCGCUCAUAUCUUCGCCUCUCACUCCGGCAUUGGGUAGUGCCAUAUUCAUGACGUCAUAUGUGCGUCCGGUCAAGUUCUGGGAACGCGACUACAACACCAAGCGGGUUGACCAGAGCAAUACGCGGCUGUCCUCGCAACUGGAGAGGAAUCUCGGUGCAGACGACAACAAUCUGAACUCGAUAUUCUACGAGCACCUGACUCGAUCGCUACAGCACUACCUAUGCGGAGACCUCAUGCUGGGCCGGUGGGGGCAGGUGCAGCAGGGUGACUGCUUCGUGUUAGCAUCAGACUAUCUGAACUGCCUGGUGCACAUCGUGGAGAUGGGGAACGGGUUGGUGUCGUUCCAACUGCGGGGUCUGGAGUUCCGCGGCACCUACUGCCAGCAGCGAGAGGUUGAGGCCAUCUCUGAGGGGCCUGAGGAGAGCACAGAGGGCGUUUGCGGCGGGUGGUGGGGCUGCGGCGGGCGCGUGCUGGCGCCGGGCGCGGUGUGGGCGCUGCGCUGGCUGGCGUGGCAGCUGGCGGCCGCGCGCUACGUGCUGGAGGGGUACUCCGUGUCCGACAAUUCCGCCGUCUCCAUGCUGCAGGUUUUCGACUUCCGGAAGGUGCUGCUCACCUACUACGUCAAGAGUAUAAUUUACUACACCGUGCAAUCGGCCAAGUUGGAGCAGUGGCUGUCGAACCCCGUGCUCACUGAAGCACUGAAGCCGAUGUCGGAGCGCAACUUCGUGGAUUUGGAUCCCAUCUUCAACGUCAACCUUGAUGAAGAUUAUGACUUCCGAGCUUCAGGAAUCACCAGGGGCCGGUUCUGCGCGGUGUACCAGGAGUGGGUAGUGCACUGCGGGGCGCGGCGCGGAGCGGGCUGGCGGCGGCGGGCGGCUGCGCGGGACUCGCCGCUGGUGACGCUGUGCUUCGCGCUCAGCAUGCUGGGACGCCGCGCGCUCGCCGCGCAGCAGCACCUCACCGCCUCCAGCGUGGAGUUCUUUCUGUACGGACUGCACGCGCUGUUCAAGGGUGACUUCCGGAUUACGUGCGCGCGCGACGAGUGGGUGUUCUCCGACAUGUCGCUAUUACACUCGGUGCUCGCGCCCGCCAUACGGAUGGCGCUUAAGUUGCAUCAGGACCACUUCAUGUUCCCCGAGGAGUAUUGCAGCAGUGCAGCUCUAUAUACAGCCAUAACACAGCACACGCAGCGGCUGGUGAUCUGCCACGAGGCCGCGCCGGCGUGGCGCUACAACGUGCUCCGAGGAGCACCGCAUCUGUUGGCACUCAGACAUGUAAUGGACGAAGGCAACGUGGACGAUUACAAGAUAAUAAUGCUGAACAAGCGCCAUCUCGGCUUUAGAGUGAUCAAGUUGAACCGCGAGUGCGUCCGUGGUCUGUGGGCGGGCCAGCAGCAGGAGCUGGUCUACUUGAGGAACAGGAACCCAGAGAGAGGCUCCAUACAGAAUGCUAAGCAGGCGCUGCGCAACAUAAUAAACUCUUCGUGUGACCAGCCGAUUGGCUACCCGAUAUAUGUGUCGCCUCUUACGACGUCCUACGCGGACACCUCGCCGCAACUGACCUCACUGCUGGGGGGACCCGUCACUGUCACCGCCGUCAGGAACAAGCUGCUAGCGGCUUGGAGACGCAUCCGGCGCCGCUGCGGCGAGGGCUGCUCCAGCGGCGGCGCGGGCGCGGACGCGGCGGCGGCCGAGGCGGGCGCCGCGCGGCCCGCAGCCACGCCCAGGCACACGCUGCACCUGUCGCGGACCUCCCUCGCGGGCACCCGUGGCAGCCUGGCGUCGGCCGGCAAGCCCACGUCGUCGACCCUGGCGUCUCUCGCGGGAUUACUGCGGGAACACUCGCAUGAACGCACGCAGGACGAAGCUGCAGGGGCGGCAGCGGAGACCGAGCUCCGGCGCGCGACGACGGAGCGCAGCUCGAGCGCGGGCGGAGGGGGUGGCGGCGGCGGGGGCGGGGGUGGCGCGGGCGGCGCGGCGCGGCGCGAGCGGAACAUGCGCGCGCGCACCGCGGGGAAGGAGCCCGCCAGACAGGCGAGCAACAGAAGUCGUUUACGCCGCGAGCGCGCCAUGCCGGCGUCAUUUCGGCUGCUGGCCGCCUCUGAUAAUAUCAGAAUACCCACUGACGUUGACGGACGAUCUAUGGAUAAUGCACAGGGAGGUACUGGCAGCGGGUGGGAGAGCGGAUGGAGAGACCAUCAGCCGAGGCGAUCCGCCAGCGCUAAGGUGGCAGUGGGCGGUUCAAGCGGCGGUUCCUCACUAGAAGACGUGUCUCUACCGCCGUUGACGCCGCUGGGACUCGACGUGUCGCUGCCUGACGCCAAGAUCCUCGCCAACCGCGCCAACCUGCACCAACCCACACAUCAUCAUUUCAAGAGAUACUUCGCAAACGAGGGUACCUCAAAAGAUCUGUCGAAACCCAGUAAGGAGAUUCGGCACGAACGAGAGAGCUACCGCGAACUCACCGGACGUUACAUAGAGAAACCUGAGUCCAUACCGUUGAAAGAGACGCACUACUCCGACCUCUCCAACAAAGAAACAGUCCUUAAAAAAGAGAAAGAGAGGAAAGAAAUAAAGACGAAAAUAAAGAGAUCGGAUUCGGGGAGGAGUGAACUGAAAAUCAACGUGUCGGUUGGCAGUAAAGUGCUUAUAAUAGAGCCUUUAGGGGUGUACGAUUGUAUAAACUUGGGGAGGAGAAUUGAUGUGCAGUGGCCUUCUGAGUACCAAAGGGAGAGGGGUGGAAGGAACUUCUGGGGCAGCUGGGUGCCUAUGGCUGGAAUGGAUGGAUUGGUGGUACACAAAUGGACACCAAAUCACCGCGACCCGAAGCUACGCUCACACGUCGACAAAAGCAUACUGCUAGUUCAAAUCGACGACAAAUUUGUACCCAUAGCUGAAAACUGCGUCCAAGACCUUGGCGAUGAGGUUUGAAUUUGGAGGUAGUGUGGAAAUUUUAUGACAAAGUUGGACCUAAAAAUACUACGCAUAAAAGACUUCGCCCCAAAGUUCUACGAGCUUGACUAUUAAAACAAGAAGAAAGGAGUAAGUAGCGCGCACGGACUGUCUGUCCCGUUCGCACACAGGGUAAGAUAAUGAAAAACGAGAUUUGUCCGAGCUAUGGUUGGAGUAAGGAAGAGCUAAUGCCGGCAUUCGACAAGAGAUGGCGCCACUGUCUUUGUGAUGUUUUCUAUGAAAAUUUACUUAGUAUCUAAAUACAUUGAUCUAUUUUUAUUAGUAACUUCAAUGUUAGUCGUGUAUACGACUUGCUAUUGGAUAUAGGAAUCUGUUGUUUAUUAAAUGCUGGGAAUCUUACGAUACGGCAACGUUUUACUCUUUUUGCAAUUUGUAGUACGGAAGCUACACAACAGAUGGCGCCGUCUAUAUGAUAUUAUCUACUGUAUUUGUGAUUUAUCUAUAAUAUUAUUACAAUGAAGUAAAACUACGUAUCAGUAUGUUAUUGAUCUCGUUUGACAGUCGGAAAUAUUGGAUAAGAUUGGACAUUACUUAUUGGCUUCAUUACACUACCCGAUAUCAAGGGAGUAUGACCAGGGUCAUAAAUUAAAUAUAACAGUACGUAUACAACGGACACUCCGCCCCGCACCGAUUCAUAUCCGGCGCCUCACCUCCCCUGGGUCUUACUUUAGUCUGAAUGGUCGUAAGCCGUUGAAGGGUAACGGAGCGCGCGCGGAUUUCCUGUCUCGCUCGCGCUAGCAAAUACGGAGUGUCCGCGCUGGGUUGUAACGCCGAGAAAAACAAACAAAUACCGAUAAUUUGUCGAUCUAUAAUCGUACUAGUAUACAAGUAAAAACCACGGAUUUACCUAGUUAAAAUACUGUAUUGUAAGUCUUGAAUAUUCUGUAUGGAAAUUAAAUGUAAUAGUGUAAAAUUAUUUUCCUCUUGUGGACUUGUUGUUUGAUGUUAUUCCGUUAACGUAACACAUUGUGGUCGAUGUUAUUUUUUUAAAGUAACUAUACCAAAAUGUAAGAGUUGUUACUGUUUACUUUGCGAAUAACUUAGUAUUGACUUCAUGACACUGUAACGAUUUUAAAACUCCAUACAAAUAUUGAACAAACAAUAAUACUUUAAAGUUUUCGAUUUUAAAAGGACAUUCAGUCUUGUGACUUUAAAUUAGCAUGAUUAAAGCGACAAAUACAUCUCUCAUCUCUUUCGUACUUAGCUGUAUACCUUUAGUGCGAAAGAGACACAUAUCUUGUCUCGCAAUAUGCGAUGUACUUACAAUAUAUCUGUCCUGAUGUCAUUCUUAUGAUGCUAAGUUAAAUAGGAUAUACACAUUAUAGUGAAACUUUUGAAAAAUAAAUAUAAACUUAUUGUGAAAAUUCUUCAACAAGACCUCGAUAUCAUUCAAUAGGGUAUUUGACUGGGUCAAGGAUAAAAUCUAGAAACAGAAGCAUGUCUGAGAUGAUCAAAAAUCAAUCUAAUUUUACUUUUCGACUUCAUCAUCUCCCGUAUUAUCCCGUUUUUCACAGGGUCCGCUUAUCUAACCGAAAGAUUUGACAGGUCCGGUUUUUUACAGAAGCGACUGCCUGUCUUUCAACCCGCGAAGGGAAAUAACACAACCCACUUAUCGACUUAUUUUCGAAUUUUAUUUAUGAAUUAAGUAACAAUUAAUACGACGUUUGACCUUCUGGUUUGGCUUUAUUGAUGACGUCACAGAGUAUUUCCAUACAAAGUAAAAAAAAAACUUUCAUUAUGACGUAUGACAGCUUUACUAAUACCGUCCUUCACUUACAAUAAGUGCAAGAAAGGGAUAGAGUUAGUUUUAGUCCUGGCAAAUUAAGUUAUAACUAAGUUGGUGGUUGCCCGAAUCUGCACCAAUUUCAACGACCUUCAUCAUCAAUUUAAGAGCCACGCUCUUGUCGGUGCGGCAUUUUCCAUACCACUUUUUAAGGGAAAAAUAGGGCAGUGUGUUCCCUCUUGCCUUCCGCCCAAAUGACCUUACAACUCACAAAUAAAAGAAGUUACGUAACUUAAAAAAAAUGCGUCUUUUUUAACACUAUCAUGAAGUCAAUACUAAGUUUUAUAAUUCCAGUUGUACAUAAAGCUACGUUGUGUGUCUUAAAACUAUGUAAAUAGCCUGUACAUAGUGUAAAAAUGUAAACAUUUUGUAUAUUUACUCCAUUAAUAUAUAAACGGUAUAUUAAUAAGUAAGAGUUCUUUUUUAUUUUGUUACUUUUCUAAUUUUUUUUUUUGUAGUAAAUUGUUCGCUCAUU